UGCCUAAUAUAUGAUUAAUGGUUUUCACUCGGGUUUUCAUUUUAAACACAUAACUUUAGUUGCACAAACAUGUUAAGUAUACGUAAUUUGUGUUUUGUGAUUGUAAGCUUGUGCUGUUCUAUCCAUCAUGGGUUCUGCAAGGACGUUGACAACCCCGUAACCAUCAACUGCUAUAACUGUCUUUGCCAGGCUGCAACCGGUUGUAAUUUCCAACAAUCAUGCCACGAAAACUCUUGCGGCCCAUUAGCCUUUUCAAAGGAAUAUUGGAAUUCCACGAACAGGCCCACAGUCAACAGGGUACCUUCUUCGGCCCCUGAAGCUUUCGAGGUCUGCGCUCGCAGCCUUUAUUGCUCUUACUUUAUGAUCCAAAGGUACAUGGAAAAACAUAAAAAGGAUUGCAACGGUGAUGGAAAGAUAGACUGUGAUGACUUUGUAGCAAUUCAUAAAUUAGGACCAGACAACUGCGAUCAAGAGUUGCCCGAAAGUUAUGCAGAACGCUACGACUAUUGCCAAUCUCUAGUCCUUUAAAUUAAAAUGGCAACGCUCUAAUCGCCCAUGGCUGGUAUUCCACUUCCAUGUACUGAUUUUGAUAAAUAAGUAUUUCAAGGGAAGCUACGAAAAUAAAACCCUCUACACAAACUACCCAUAAAUAUACGUAUUUAACUGAAUGGUAACACUGAUUAUUGAGUAUUGCCUAACCAAUGGGUUUAGAUAGGCACGCCAUCUUUUAUUUGCCUAGAAAGGCACCAGACGGUUGUUGAACUAGGAGUCUAAAGUCUCAAUGAGUCUUAACACAUUAGAGUUGAAAGUCGACACGUGUAGAAAAACUGCAGUUGAAGUUGAUGACCCUUUUGAUCUAUCUAUACAAUUUGCGGUCUUUUUGCCAUUCUGGGAAAAAUUGUUAGAAUUAUGCGGAUCGAGGAGUAAGCUAACAACCCGCUAGAUUGGUUGAACUGUAGUUACAAUGGAA